AUUAAAUCCCAACAGAGCGAAGUAACCCGAAUCCUCGAUGGGAAAAACAUCAAGUACGAGCUGGUGGAUAUCUCUCAGGACAACGCUCUGCGGGAGGAGAUGAGGGUGAAGGCAGGGAACCCCAAAGCCAUCCCACCCCAGAUCGUCAACGGGGACCAGUACUGUGGGGAUUAUGAGCUCUUUGUGGAAGCAGUGGAGCAAAACACUCUGCAGGAGUUCCUGAAACUCGCCUGAUCCCUGGGGCUCUCCUCCCAUCCUGGACUCUACCUGCAUUCCUGAGCACCCUCAUCUCCGACCACCUUCAUUUCCAGGUUGUCAGUGCUGUCCUGGCACUGUGACCUGGAUCCCAGCACAAGGGAAACCCAUGACCAAAACUCCUCAUUGCAGCUGCCUCCGAUUCCCUCCUGCCUAACCCUGAAAUCAUCUCCGAGGGAUCCAAAGAAAGUCUGACGCUCGCUGCUCAUGGCCUGUGAGCAAAGCUGGGCCUGGCUCACUGCAGCUUCCAGUGCCUCUGUAAACAGCAAAGCCUCUGGGGCCGUGCGAAGUGCUCGGCCAUCAGCCCCCUCCUCUGCAGGGACAGCCUCUGCCUCGGGAGGGAAGGGCUUAGGGCUGCAUCUCACUUCCCACUUCUCCUAAUUGCUGUUAAAAUUGUAAAUUCUGCUGCCUCACUUCCUUUUUCUU